AUCCACUUUGGCCGGGCGCGCAGUUCGUCGAAGGACACCGUGACGGUGACCGCUAGCUCGUUCUCUCGCUUUACCGCCGCCAAGCUACCAUCACAUUCUUCGGUCUCUCCUUCGCCGCCAUUUUUUAAGCCACUGUUCGCGCACUCGUUGUGUGAGUCGCUCGACGCGUCGGUUUUAACGCAACAAUUUCACGGUAUUCGGAGGAAGAAAUAUGCCGGGCUUCAGCAGCGUAGGUACUUUCAAGAUUUUCAUCGGUAAUCUUGCCGACAAGACCACCAAUGCCGACAUCAAGCCACUAUUCGAAAAAUACGGCAAGGUCGUAGAGUGUGACGUCGUCAAGAAUUAUGGAUUUGUCCAUAUGGAAAAUGAAGAGGCUGGCAGAAAUGCCAUCCAAAAUUUGAACGGUAACAUGGUCCAUGGUCAGCCCAUCAAGUGUGAAGCAGCUAAGAGCCGCAAGGGACCUAAUACCCCAACAACCAAGAUUUUCGUUGGUAACCUUACGGAUAAUACCAAGGCUCCGCAGGUACGCGAGCUGUUCGCCAAGUACGGUACAGUGGUUGAAUGUGACAUCGUACGCAACUACGGCUUCGUACAUCUCGAAGCCAGUGGAGAUGUGAAUGAGGCCAUCAAGGAGUUGAAUGGCCAAAUCGUCGAUGGUCAACCUAUGAAGGUUCAGAUUUCCACUAGCCGUGUGCGACAGAGGCCUGGUAUGGGUGAUCCAGAGCAAUGCUAUAGAUGUGGACGUGGCGGUCAUUGGUCGAAGGAGUGUCCUAAGGGUGGCAUGGGUGGCGGACCCGACAGGAACGGUUUCAGGGACAGGAUGUUUGGACGUGACCCAUACCCUCCGCCACCGCCACCACCCUUCCUCCGUGACCGUCUUAUGGGUGGUGCUCGCUUUGGUACCUACCCACCAUUCCAGGACUACGACAGCUACUAUGAUCGCCGUGGCUUCGAUGACACCCGUGAUUUGUACGAAAGGAGGUUUACAGGAAUGACCGGAAUGUCGGGUAAUGACGGCUAUCAGCAUCCUGCUGGCAUGGGCUCAAUGCGCGACACUGGUUUCUCACGUGGCCAGGACUACGGUAUGUUUAGCCGACGAUCACCACCACCAGCCGGCAACAAUGGACGAUUCAGAGAAGGAACUUUGUUGGGGAUUGGAAAUCCUCUUCUUGACAUUUCUGCAUCAGUAGAUGAAGACUUUUUGAAAAAGUAUGAUCUAAAACCCAAUGAUGCCAUUCUUGCCAGUGAAAAGCACAAACCAUUAUACGAUGAACUUAUUGAACAGUACAAUGCAGAUUUCAUUGCUGGAGGAGCUGUUCAAAAUACAAUGCGAGUGGCACAAUGGUUCCUUGAAAAACCAAGAGUAUCAAUUUAUAUGGGCUGUGUUGGAAAAGACAAGUACUCUAAAAUCUUAGAGGAAAAAGCCAAAGAAAAUGGCUUGAAUGUUAGAUAUCAGUAUACAGAUAAAGAACCAACAGGAACCUGUGCAGUUUUAAUUACGAAUAAUGGACGAUGUAGAUCUCUCUGUGCCAAUUUAGCUGCAGCCAAUUGCUUUUUACCAUCGCAUAUAGAAGAAGAAGGUAACAAGAAAUUGAUACAAGAUGCAAAACUCUUUUAUGUCUCAGGCUUCUUCUUAACAGUGAGUCCAGAAACAAUACAAUCUGUGGCUCAACAUGCAUAUGAAACAAAUAAAAUAUUCACAAUGAACCUGAGUGCUCCAUUUUUGUGUGAAUUCUUCAAGAAACCAAUGAGGGCAGCUUUUCCUUAUGUAGAUAUAUUAUUUGGCAAUGAAUCUGAAGCAGAAACUUUUGCUAAAAUCAAUGACUUUGAUACAACAGAUUUAAAAGAAAUAGCUUUAAAAAUGUCAAAUAUGGAGAAGAUAAACACUAAGAGGAAAAGAAUUGUUAUUAUAACUCAGAGUGCAAAUCCUGUUUUAUUAGUUAAAGAUAACGUAAUUACUGAAUAUCCUGUAGUAAAGUUACCAGAAGAAAAGGUUGUUGACACGAAUGGAGCUGGAGAUGCAUUUGUAGGGGGAUUUCUGGCUCAAUAUAUACAGAAUCAAAGCUUAGAGGUCUGUAUUAAAUGUGGCAUCUGGGCUGCUACGGAGAUUAUUCAACGAUCUGGUUGUACUUACGAGGGAAAGCCAGACUUUGCACCAUGACGAGGCCUUUCUUUUCUGAAAUCCGUCUUCUUUAUUGUACUUAAUGUAAUGAUGAAAUUUUUGGGUUGCAAUUAUUUCAUGAAAAGCAACUUUUGAUAGCAAUAAUGUAUUCCCUUACAAUACCAAUAACGUUGAAGUACUCCUAUUAUUGAGAUAUUGGAGAUGAAUGUUACUAAAUGUUCCAUAUACAAUUGCACAAAAGCUCACAUUCUAUUUAGUUUGAUGAGAAAUAUUGAUAAAAAAUAAUAUUUUCUAUUCUUGAAUAAGUGAAUUCAAUUAAAUUUAAAAGAUCUUCAUAUGAGCUUUCAUACAGAAUUUUUAUAUUUUUUUAUGAAAAUAUCUUUAAUCCAUAUUAAUGCAUUAAUAUUUACAAAUUAUGAUGAAAUAUAAUUUUGCAUGAUAUUUCUGUAAAUAUAGGAUUGCAACCAAAGGAACAUUCUUACAAAAUGGAUCACAUGAUAAAAUAUUUUUUACAUUCUAGUGUGCUAUUUUGAUUGUGAACUACUAUUUGCCUUUAUAGCAUUCAACUUUAUAGAAAAGAAGUAGAUCUUAAUAUGUAGUUUGGAUCUUACUUGAAUAAUUAAAGAAUAAAAAUUUUAUGUAAUUAAAACAUGCACAAUAGACUAUAAAGUGGUUUUUAAUAAAUAGUACAUAGAUUGGAAAUGUAUAAACCCUAAUUUAUCAAAUUACUAAUGUAAAUAGCAGUUAUAUUGAGUAUAACAUAUGGAAGAUAAGGAAAUUGUGGGUUGAACUUUUGUUAAAGUCUCUAUUGAGACUGAUACUUUUAGAAAAAAUAUAAUUGAUUUUAUUAUGUCAUGCACUGAUAUAUUAACAAUAAAUGAUUGGAAAAACCA